AUGCCCCCAAAAAAGAAGAAAGACGUUGUGCCGGCAAAAGAAGCUGUGCAGGAAUUGGAACGUACUGAACCAGAACCGGAAAUCGUGGAGACCACCGAGCCGGAGCCUCCGAAACAGGUGUCCUUGCUCACCGGCGAACCCUAUGGACCUCGAAUUCGUCUUGUCAGCGAAAAAGCCGAGGAGGAAAGCUCGGACGACGAGCCAGAGUCCGAGAAUGAGGAAGAGGCUAGAUAUCAGGAAGAUCAUCCGGAAGUGCCUUCCGAAUUCUGGCACAUACAGAAACUUAUCAAGUACAUGAAGGCCGGCAAUCAGACUGCCACCAUGGUGUCCUUGUGUUUAUUAAAGGAUUACGAUCUCACUGACAAGAUCAUACAGAAGGCUAUCCAAGAAAUGGGAGGUCUCGAAGUUUUAGUGAAUCUCCUCGAAACGAACGACAUCAAGUGUCAGAAUGGCUCGUUGUCGGUUUUACUGCAAAUCGCGACUUCCAUGGAGAUGAAGCGAUAUUUAAUUGACUUGGACAUUGCGACGCCAUUAAUUCAAAUGUUGAAGCAUCCCGCCAGAGAUAUCCAGAUUUUGGCAGCCGAAACUAUGGCCAUUAUAGCUCUAGUCCGAAAGGCCAGAAAACAAAUCAGAAUUCGCGGUGGAAUACCGCUCAUCCUGGAUGUAAUGGAUGUACCAGACGAAGUUCUUCGUCGGUCAUACGAUGAAUUAAGCGAGGCCAGCAAAGAACUCGUGGCCGUCGCCAUAGGUUGUGCCAAGGUUUUAGAUUCUUUGGGCAGCAGUCCGAAGGUCAAGGAGGAACUUCGUAAACAUGGUGUUGUUCGUUUGAUGUCGCGUUUUCUAAAAUCGAAACACACUCAGCUAAUCGUAUCCACGAUGGGCGUCGUGCAGCAGUGUGCUGAUCUGAAUGUUUUCAGAGAGGCAUUUGAACGAGUGGGCAUCAUCGACGACUUGGUGCGACAUUUGAAGAAUGAUAACGUGAAGCUGAAGGAGAACUCUGCUUUAGCCAUCUUCAAAUGCGCUUCGAAUCGGGAAACUCGAAUGAUGGUACGUCGAGCUGGUGGUCUGGACCCACUUUGCAAACUUGUGCAGAACGAGGAGGUGCACGCCAACAAGCGUCUGCUAGCCGCGGUCACCGGCGGCGUCUGGAAGUGUGCCAUCAGUCCCGAGAACAUAAUGAGGUUCAAUCAGAACGGUCUGGUAGCGUCGCUAGUACCUCUGCUCGAGGAAAAUGAGGAUGAAAGGGUGUUAGCCAAUGUCGUAGGCGCCCUUGCCGAGUGCUGUAAGGAUCCUACUAACAGGGACGUCUUGAGGAUUAACGAGGGUCUACCGAAACUGAUUAGACUAUUGAGCGCCACGUAUGAGCCAUUAUUAGAGAACGUGCCACUGGUGCUGAAAGAGUGUGCCGUCAAUGAGAAAUGCAUGGACAUUAUCAACGAUCCGGAGCAUCGGUUGGACGGUGUGCGAUUAGUCUGGUCCCUGCUGAAGCAUCCCAGUGAUGUGAUCAAGCGUAAUGCUUGCCUCGCUCUGGUACCUUGCAUCCGCUAUGCCAAGGAUUCUCCUGAGAUGGUGCGUGCCUUCGUGGGCGGCUUGGAGCUCACCGUCAGUCUCCUAGAGAGUAAAGAUACGGAAGUGCUCAGCGCGGUCUGCGCCAUGAUCGCGGAAAUUGCCACUGAUCCUGAGAACUUGGGCAUCCUGACGGAUCACGGCGUCGUGAAAAAACUGGCCGCCCUCGUGGAAACGAACGAUGAGAACUUGCGCGCUAAUCUGACACUGGCGAUAGCCUAUUGCUGCGACUGGGACCGAAACAGUUACGAAUUUGGCAAACUAAAUGCUGUUGCGCCAUUGGUUAAUUACAUGACCAGCAAGAACAAGAACGUGUUGAAGGGUGUUUGCAUUGCUGUGUACCAUUUGAGCAAGGAGCCCUUAAAUUGCGUGACCAUGCACACUUGCGGCGUUAUUAAGUACGUAUUGCGCUUGGUGGGCUCGGACGAUCCAGAGGUACAGAUUGCAGCUGCAUCCACUAUUCGUCACAUAAGAAAGCUCGCAUUGACAGCGGAGAAAUUCCACUUCAAAGAAAUGAACGCAUUACAGGAAAUUGAUUUCCGUAAAUGACGUCAGUUAUUAGUGAAAGAUAGAAAAAGGGUGGAAGAAAAGGAAGUGUAUAAAAUAAAAACAUAUUUAUUGCGGUGCGUGUAUAGUGACUUAUAUAAUUUUUUGUCAAUAUCUCUAAAUUUACAAUUUUGUUUAAAACCCGUAAUAUUCACCUCUCAGCAACAAUUAGUAACAUUCAUAUGUGUAUGAAGAGCUUUAAAAGUGACGAAAAAAAGAUAUAGAAAAAUUAGCUUUUUAUAGAAUCCACAAAUGGAGCACUGAAUUGAUCGGACAAAUUAUUAAGUUGUACAAGAUUGUGGCUUAAUUUGAGCAAUAUACACAUCUCCUAAGCUUAACUCUGUACUUCAAAAUUGAAGCUACUUAAAGAGGAUGUUGGUAAAAUAUAUUAUAAACAUAAGAAGACAAUCGCAUGCAAGUUACGAUACAAUCUCACAUAUAUAAUGUACAAAUUUUAAGCUAAUUGUGCGUGUCGUUUCAUUGACGACUCAUGAACUAACUAGAAGGCAUAAUACCUGAUUUGUUUCAGAAGUCUCGCCUUAUAUAUCAUGAUAUAACAAUUGAAUGGCAACAUACUUGUCAUAAAAAAUUUAAAUUUUUAAUUAAAUUGAUUUAUCGACGUAUAUUU